CCGACCAUUUUACGUGACGAGAACCGCGACCGCAUGAUGAAGAUGAUGAUGAUGAGACGGAAGCGAUGAAGAAUUGAUGCUGUCGCUUCCGGCCUCGACUUCGACGAACCCCAACAAACACAUGCAGGCGACACACGUGGGGGGGCGCCGCGCCACCAGCAAGACGGAGCGUUUGGGCGUGCCGGUGACGUCAUCCGGGUGAACAAUGGCCGCUCGGCGGGCGGCGCGCGUCUUCCAGGCGUCGCGCAGCACGUCGCCGUCGCCCGCUCGCCGGUGCGAAUCGCCGCCCGUCAGCGUGUCGGAGCUCCAGCGACUCCUCAGCAGCGGCAAGACGGCCUGCAACCACGCCGACGAGGUCUGGCCCGGACUCUACAUCGGAGACCAAAACAUGGCGUCGGACCUGCGUGAGCUGGCUCGCGUGGGCAUCAGCCACAUCGUCAACUGCGCCCAGAGCAAAGGGCGCGGCGCCGACUGCUACGCGGGCAUGAACGUGACCUACUUGGGCAUCGAGGCGCACGACUCGCCCGCCUUCGACAUGAGCAAAAACUUUUACCCCGUGGCCGACUUCAUCCACAAAGCGCUGAGCAGAGGAGGCAAGGUUCUGGUGCACUGCGCGGUGGGCCUGAGCCGCUCGGCCACGCUGGUGCUGGCCUACCUGAUGAUCCGGCAGAACCUGACCCUGGUGGAGGCCAUCAAGACCGUCAAGGACCGCCGCGGGGUCACGCCCAACCGAGGAUUCCUGCGCCAGCUCAACGGCCUGGACGGCAUCCUGCGCGAGAGUCGCCGCGCAAACCGGCUACCGGCGACGCCCCGCCGCGCCAAAACCGAGUCGGCCGACGACCGGCCGGACGCUGACGACGGGCGCGGCGGCGCUCGGUCCGGUCGCCGCUGAUGAAUGAUCCUUGAGGAAAACAAACGGACUUCGCGGUCACCUCCGGCAUCGCGUCGCUGACGACGUUUGUUUGCGACCUCGCGUGGAGUCGUUCCCGAUCUGGGUUGGCACAAGCUCCUUUUAUGCUUUGACUUCCUUCCACCGGUGUUAGCUUGCAAGUAGCGUAGCACGUUUCCGAAGAGCCACUGCCAAAACGCUCUUUUUCAGAGCAACGCUAGAAUAGUACUGACAAACUCGAGUCCUCCGGAUAUUCGCGUGACGUUCAAAUGUAGCACAUGAAUGAAAUCAGCUACUAACUGCCCGGAUGAAAACCACAGGUGCUAAUGUGCUAAGUCAGGUUCGUGCUAACGUUAAUGAAAAACGAGCGCGGGCGAAUGCUCAGCUUUUGAAACACCUUGCCCAAAAAAAAAAAAUAAUAAUAAUAAUAUAUUUUUGUGACAUUGUGCAACAACAAAAAACUAAAACUGUCAACAAACAAAAAGCUGGAUUUGUAAAAUCAUUGUUAAUACUUGUUUUUCUUCAUGUGCUCGUUGUUUUUGAAGGCAAACUCAUCGCAAAAAUCUCAACAUUUGACAGGAAAUGCUAACUGUUAGCAGAGCAGUGUUUUCAAGAGCUUCGUUAUCACAGCUGAACUAACGCUAAUGGCUAACGUGUCUCGUGCAUUAGCGUGACGUCAAAACAUUCCACAUAAAUGAUAUCAGCUACUAACUGCCUGGAUGAUGCUAACUAGCGUCCACGCGCUCGAUCGGGCGAGCGCCAACGGCCGGCUAACGCUCAUGGAAACCACAACUCUCAGCUUGACAAAAAAUGGAUUUUACAAAGUUAGUGUGUUUGUUUUUCUUUAACUUGUUUCGUGUGACUUCACAAUGAAGCUAAUUAGCACGACGACGCAAGACUUUGGACGUGAGGCCACUCGGAGACCAACAUGUGACCUUUGUGUCCUUUUAUUCACGUUAGCAUACUUUCUUAUUUGGAAAACGUAGUUUAAAAAAAAAAAAAAAAAAAAAAAUGUGCCACCGCAUCACAAUUUCGUCGUAUUUCAACUUGUGCUCGUAUUGAUGUGCGGACGUCAAAACCGCUUCAGUGUUGUGAUUGGUUGCCCCUUUACGGGCGAUUUACUUUUUGGUGUAUUCAUAUUCGCUCUAUUAAUGUGUGCUUUUGAGACUUUGCCUUGUGUGUUUUCAAGUCAGACAAUUUUAAUUGCCAAACUGCCUGCUUUCAGUAAACUCAAAUUUUGUUGACUUAUUGUGUCCAUCGUGGAGGGGGGGGAGCAUGUCCGUGACCCAGAAAAUAGGUGGAUGGU